AUGCAUUCGCCGAGGUCGCGCAUUCGCGGCCGCGACCCGCACCCGCCCUCGGGUGGUGGACGCCACCGCCGCCGGUCACCGCCUGCUCCGCCCUCCCCGCGUUACCAGCGACGCCCGCAGAGGCGCACCCCGCCGCCGCGGCGCGGCGACGAUCCCCACCCCGACGUCUCCGCCCCCGCCCACCACCGCAUCCUGCUCGAGGCCGGCCGCCUCGCCGCGCACUACCUGGUCGCCCAGGGCGUCAUCCCCGAGCAUGUGCUCCGGGCCAGGGAAGACCCGCCCGCCCCACGCCCCGCGCACCCUCCCGCCAGCCGCGGGAGAAAGCUAAACGACGGCGGCGGUGGCGGCGAUCCGAGAUCGCGCCGGAACGAUGGGGACUGGGCCCGCGUCUGGGAGGAUGACGACAGGCAGGCACGGAAGGCGACCAGAUGGGACAGGAGGAGCCGCAGCUUUGACGAGAGGCGUAAGUACCACGACGCCGGCCAUGAUGUGGACAGGGCCCCCCGCCGGACUCGAGACUAUGAUGAGCCCAGGAGACCUCCGAUGUCGAGGUCCUACUCGCAUAACGAUCGCCGGCCUUCCGCUGAUGGCGGCAGAGUGGAUCCAAGGAGCAGGAACAGGACCAGGAGCUACUACGCUGGCGGCAGCAGCAGCAGCAGCAGAGAUUUGGAUCACACCAAGGUGCCAGACUCUGGCAUUAUUCCUGCUGCUGCUGGUAGGGACUUUGACGUGCACUACCGUCAUGUCGAUGAAAUGCCAAGGCACCAGCGGAGGGUGCCUAGUUCAGUGGUGGUUGCAGAGGUGAAUGACAGUGCCGAUGAGGAAAUGGCUAUCGAAGACGGGGAGAUGGUGUCAGAGAUCCACGGACUGAAUCGCACUCGAGACAUUUCUGAAGGCGAGGAUGGUGAGUUUGAACAAGACAUUUCUGAAGGUGAGGACGGUGAGUUUGCAGCUGCUCGCUUGAAUGGUGUUGAAAUGGAUGCCACCCAGCACCAACUGUCUGAUUCUGAUACCAAUGUUCAUCCGUUGGAAUCUGUUGAGGAACCGGCCGUGCAUAGGGGGUCCCAGCUCAGCAAUGCCGUAGAGGACAGGGAAGCUGCCAAUGCACCCAUGGUCAUGGAUGCUUGUAUGAGGGAAACACUAGGUGAGGACAAUGACUGCUGUCAAGCAAGGGAUGAAAUGGUGGCUCCACAUCCACAGAGUGAUGGUAUGGCUGGUGCUGGCGAUUUUAACAGAGAUAAACCAGAGCUGCCAGCUUCGUGCAGAGUUUUUGACCUCAACGUCGUCGAAACUCCAGAUGCCUGUGAAAUGACUGAGAUCUCUGGUGAUCCUCAAGCAGAUCAUGUUUCUGAUUCUGUGCCUGAUUUAGUUGGCCGGAUACACCAGCAAACUAACUGUCAUGCUUCAGAAAUUCAAGGUCAAGAUGAGCGUGCAGGGGAUAGUCACAUGUCGAAGAAUGGGCAUGACUUGAUUAGGUAUGAUCUGAACAGUGAGGCUGUUGAAGAUGCACAGGAUAUUCACCUGUUGGAGAAUGAGAAAUUACGUCUAAGUCAUGGCAUUGAUGCGCAUGAUAUGACUAGAAUCCAAUGGAGCAAUGGGCAUUUACAUCUGAAUCAAAAUGCAGAUGGGCUUGAACAUGAAAACGACUGGUUGGCGAACCAUACUGUGAUUGGUGAGCAGCUGCUGCUAGGUGAUGGCAUGGAUGGACAUCCUGUCCGUAAUUAUCAAAUGGCGUCAGAACCCAAGCGUUUACCUAUGGGUGUCUAUGAUUUGCAUAGCUACAAUCUGAAAAGCGAGAAAAUGCUUCUAAAUGAUGGUGCAGACAAGCAUGCACAUGAUAGUUGCCAUUUGAAGGAUGGGCAAAUGCUUCUCAAUCAGUCUGCGAAUCGACAGGCUAGAAUUCACAAUAGAGCCAAUGAGCGAACAAUUCCUGUGAUUAAUCUCGAAGAUGAUGAUUAUGAAGAGCAGUCUGAUAUCAGGGAGUUUCUCGAAUCCAAGUAA